CGGCUGGGCAAGCAGUAUAUACACACUCUGACACAUAAUUUGUACCGCAUUUAUGUGUGAGCACGAAAACACACACACUGUGAAUAUAUAGAAUACGAACGGUGCGAAACAGUUUUAUGUAAACACCAAUAUGGCGACUGUAUUACAGAAAUUAAAAGACGAAGGCUGGUAUAUCAGCGACGAUGGUCUGAAAAAACUCAAUGAAAAUGGUUUGAUCGGUGACGUAAAGGAGUUGACAAAGCGUGCAUUAGACCAUGAUUUACGUGAAUUAGUUAUAAAUGGUGGACUACCAAAUGAUGUUGUCAAAUCAUCGAAAGUGGAUCUACCGCCGAGCGGUGUUGUAUUGCAAGUGGUUAAUGUGCGAAACAUAUCAGCGCCAAAAGUGAAUCAAGAAUCAAAAACAUCACCACGACUACUUCAAAUCGAUUUAACCGAUGGCCAAACAUUCUGUUCCGGCUUAGAUUUGGAUUAUUUGUCAUCAUUUAGCAUAAAUGUAGCACCUGGUACAAAGGUUCUUUUACGGAAUACAGUUAAAGUGAUUCAAGGAUUUUUAUCGUUGACACCACAGAAUAUCAGUAUUUUGGGCGGACAAGUACAAACGCUAUAUGAAAAAUGGGAAACGAAUCGUACGCUUGCCAAAUAUGCCGGUAUUGGUGGAGCCAGUUCGAAAAAAUCGAAUGGUGAUACAUUGAAGGGAAGCCCACCUCCAUGGAUAUCAUUUGGCAAUAAAAUUAAAGGUACCAACGAUGAUACCAGUUUCAAGAGUUUGAAUGAGCCUAAAACGAAAGAAAUAUCGAAAGAGGAAAGUGAAUUUUUAGCGUUGCGAAAUAGUGCCAUUGCCGAUGCAGCCACCAAAGGUGAAGUGAGAAAACAAUUUGGCGGUAAUAAUCGUCAAUUAAUGGAUCACAAUGUUAAGAAAAUUAUGGACAAAGGUUACACCGAAGAGCAAGCGAAGCUAGCAUUGAAAAUGUCACGUAAUAAUUUGGAAAAAGCAAUGGGCAGCCUGAAAAAACGUAAUGAAACAACGGAAAAACGUACAAGACUACCUGAAGCAACCGCACCAAGUUCACGACGUGGCGGAAAGUCGGACGAACCACCACCGGCUAAACCAUCCGGUAAAGUUUCAUUAUUUGAUUUUCUAUCGGAUAAAAUUCCCGACGUUGAACCACCAGCAAAAUCCAAUGCACGGCUACCAAAUCAAUCAUCGCAUGGUAAUGAUUAUGGCAGCGGAGGUGGUGCUGGUGGAAAACCAAACUCACAACGAAGCAAUUCAUCUAAAUUUGAGAAUAACAUUUCAUCGAGCUUUGCUAGUCGACAGAAGAAAGAUGAAUCUCAAAAUCGUUCCAAAUGGAAUGAUAAUAAUGCGGAAAAGAACAAUAGCAAACCAACAUUCCAGCAGUAUCAUCAACCAACGCAACAACAACAACAACAACAUCAACAGCAUCAACCAUCGUAUAAAUCAUCCCAGACGAACAAUCAAACAUACCAAAAUCCAAAUCACAACUAUCAACAGAACAAUGCGAAAAACUCACGAUAUUCGGCACAAUCGAACAAUCCAUCUGCAUCCGAUGGCCAUCAUCAUGAUAUGAACAAUAAACGAGGCCCAAACGAUCGAAAAGUAUUAUCAAAUUCGAAUCUACCGUUACACGCGAAACCAAAGCCGAAUGUUAAAAGUUUAAUUGAUGCGACCGCAAAUCUUGAAAUAAAUAACGAUAAUAAGCCACAUAAGUCGAAUCAAGGUCAAGCACCACCCUCUCAGCAUCAUCAUCAUCAACAAAAACAACAACAGCAGCAGCAACGUAAUGCCAAUUUUGAAGAAAUGUUUCCGCAGGCAAAACAAUUUCCUUACAAUCCGUACAAAAUAAUGGGAUUCCAAAAUAAGGAAACAAAUGAGUUUGCAAUGAAUGUAUUGAAAAUGAGCGAUCAAAAACCAUCGAAAGCCGUAAAUAAUCCGAAUAGCGGUAGCGGUAGCGGUGGCGCAAGCACUGGCAACAACAAUGUGUAUGCGACAAACAAUCUGGCUGUGUCGAACAAUCAACCGAAUCUGAAGCAUGCCCAUAUGCAGAAUCAACAAAUGCCAAUUAUUCCUGUGCAACAAACGAUUCCACCACCACCGAAACCAAAUUACAUCAAUCCAAAUGUACCAGCGUACAGUUUACCAGCAAUGCCUCAAUCAGCCCAACCAUUUUUAUGGAGUUUCAAAGUCGGCGAUCGAUGUUUGGCCAAGUAUUGGGAAGACGAAAAGUAUUACAAUGCUGAAAUUCAAGCGGUCACCGAAAAAACGUGUGUCGUUCAUUUUCCUGAAUAUGGAAAUUUUGAAGAAGUCUUACACACCGACUGUUUACCGAUUACCGAUGCCAAUCAUCAACCGAUCAAUCAGUAUAAUGCUAUGCAAGCACCAGCACAAAUUCAUCAAAUUGCAUACACACAAUUACCACCAAACAAAGCCGGACCACCGCCGCAUUUUCAUCAACCACCAUUUCAUGCGCAACACGGGCCUCAUCAUUCAGCUGUGCUGCAUCCUCAAAUUCCAGCCCAACCAAAUCAACCGCCGCAACGAUAUCGUGGCAAUCGACAAGUAUACGUUCCUCCAGCGCAGCGAAAAUAAACACAAUGAAUUUAUACAUUCGCACAUUUUCACAAAAGAAAAUGUGAAUCUAAAGUUUAUGCUCGAAAUUUCAAUACAAACAAUAUUUUG